AUGAACCUUCUAAUGGAUAAUUUACCGCAACACGCGAGUCCAACGCGCCGAUCGCCACCGCAGCACACAGAGCUGAGAAUUUCAACAAACACGCCGCCCGCGAUGAUGACUCGUGGCAGUCCCACGCAGCAAUCAAAUCACAACAACAACAACAACAAUGAAACCCACACAUCUCCAGCUGGUGGAAAGACUACAUUGAAACGCUCCUUUGAUGUUGCCUUUCUCAUGAUGCCCGAUGAGCGUAUUAAGCAGAAGCAGGCAGAGAAGCAGGCGCGUCUACAUGAGGCACUGCAUCAUCAUCAUCAGCAGCAGCAGCAACAGCAGCAACAGCAGCAGCAGCAACAUCAUCAACAGCAACAACAACAACUGCAACAACAGUUGGCACAGUAUCCCACAGAUUUGUCGCCACGCGCCAUCGCUGCGCCCGCUUCACCGCCGGCGGAUUACAUAAGCCUGUUGGAGGCCCGACAACGCUAUCCACAGCUCAACAUUCGUUCACCCCGAAUUUAUGAUGACCCCACGGUAAUAAUUCCACUAGUCGACUCCCCGGAACCUUCCCCAUCGCCAUUGCGCAGCGCCUUCACCAAGGUGGCCUCGUCGCUCUCGACAUCCUCAUCAUCAACCACCUCGUCAUCGACUGCAUCGCGUUUGGAGUCCCCAGUGGAUGUUAGCGCACCACCUCUGAGUCCCGAUCAGUUGAGCUGUCCCUCGUUGAGUCCACCGCUUGCCACGCCUCCACCACGCACCAAUAGUGGCGGUGGCAGCAGCAAUGGAGCCACUAACAUGCCACCCAAUAGUCUGCCCAGCAUCGUGGUUGGCUCCAUGCCCCCCAAUCCCAUUGUCUACCACAACUUUCGGCCCGAAUAUCAGUUCAAUGGCGCCUUCCAAGCCGUCAGUCCCAUGCAGGCUCUGCAGGCUCAACGGCUUAAGCAGCAACUGCUCUAUCGACCACCGAAUGCCAAUGGCGGUGGUCCGAAUGGUGUGGCGAAUUCGGGAUCAGUCCCGGGUGGACCACCUCCGGAAUUUUUACAUGCCUAUUCAGGAUUUCCAUUCCCGCCAAACGCCGCUGGCGGUGCUAACCCACAUCCCGCCCAUCCCUUUGCUGUGGCUCAGCCAGAGUUGCCACGCAUCGUUCAAAAUCCCGCCGCGGCAGCAAUACUCUCCACACUCAUACCGCCUACGCUGGCCUCCACCUUCACGCUGACCGCUCAGAAUGUGUGUGCCAAGUGUAACAUUAGCUUUCGCAUGACCAGCGACCUAGUCUAUCAUAUGCGAUCCCAUCAUAAGAGCGAAGUUGCCUGUGAUCCCAAUCGCCGGAAGCGCGAAGAGAAGCUGCGCUGCCCCGUCUGUCAGGAGACUUUCCGCGAGAGGCAUCAUCUUACUCGCCACAUGACCGCCCAUCAGGACAAGGCCAGCGACCAUCAGGCUAGCGACGAGACAACUGAUGGUGAGAUCAUCAACGUCGUGGGUGGUGGUGGAAACCCAUUAGGACGGCGUGUUCCCAACGUUUCGAAAUGAUCGAAGCAUUUUUUCGGAUAUUUUUAAGUUCCCUUGUGUGUUACAAUUGAUUUUUAUCUGGUCUGUAACCUUACACCGACCCCACCCACAAACCAAAAUGUUUCAUUGUGAUAUUAAUUUUAGUUCUCU